AUGUCGUUCAACAACCCAUUUGACAGUGAUUUAGAAAGCACAAGAACGAACCAAUCACACAAAUACAAAGAUUAUCCUGAAUUCGAAACCGUAUCAACCAGUAUCGAGAAUCAACUUCAUCAUAUAAAAUAUACUCACUUAUCUUCAAUUAAAGAUAAUUUAGUUGACUUUGAACAAUCCCCAAAUCAAAGUGAAUUAGGUGAAACUUUGAGUUCUCAGUUUAAGAAGACAACUGAUGCCUUUAAGAAAUUGAAUGAGUUUAUUAAACAGUUAAAUUCUAUAACUAAAACAAUCGAGAAUCAACACGAAGAUGUUGAAAUUAUAAAUUAUUUAAAACAACGAGAAGGAAUUCAAAUUAAACUUAUAAAAGAUAAUUUGGGUGUUUUUAAAAACUAUCAGAAACGAUUUGAAUCAUGCCAAGUUAAUCAACUACCAAAAUCUACCGGAACAGAAACCAGUGGCGCUGCCAGCACAGAUCAAGGUACCGCUUUAGGUACACAGCAACAACAGGUGCAAAUCACUUACGAGCCUAUAAACGCCGAAGAGCUCGAACAACAAACUAUACUAAUCCAAGAGCGAGAACGAGAAAUCCAUCAAAUCCAACAAGAUACACUAGAAAUAAAUGAAAUCUUUUCCAAUUUAUCCACAAUUAUCAAUGAACAACAAUUUCAAAUCGAUACAAUAGAGAAUAAUAUCUUUAGUUAUAGCUCAAACGCAAGACAAGCUUCGAAUGAAUUACGUCAAGCGGAACGAUAUCAACGGAAAUCGGGUGGGAGAAUGUUAUGUUGUUUAAUGAUUUUGAUUGGUGUAUUAGCAUUUAUCAUCUUAAUAGGAUUAAUCUUUUAG